AAGUACAUGUAUUGGCAAUGGAUCAUUAUUAUUGCAGUGGUAAAUUUUUGUACACAUGCAGGAAGUCUAAUAACGUCAAAAUUAUUCGAGAUCAGGUACAUCAACUUAGAGAGACAGCCUCAAAAGAGAAUAAACAUCGAGAGUGAGCUAGGAAGAGUGUUCGACGGUUACGUUGCAAAAAGAGUGGAAGCUGUGGACGGCAUAUCUCUGUCUCACUCGUGGAUGGCGGAUAGAUGUAUGGCGGUUAUGGCCGAGUUUGACGACCCGAACAUUGUCGGCACAGAAUAUCGGAGCGAUCACCCGAUGAAAUGGGGAGAGGUGGCCUGUUUCUUGAGCCAUUACCAAAUCUGGACUGAGAUGGCAGCAAAGAGACUUGAACUGGUUCUUAUACUCGAAGAUGACACCCAAUUCAUUCUGAAGGACGAAGAAUUUGAUUUACACAACUUCCAUUAUGACUUGAAUGCUACUAUUGAAGAGUUUAUUUUUCAUCAAGGAGAGUUGCUCUAUCUGGGGAGAUGCAGAAUAGGAGAAGAUAUCAAAUGGAAGUCCUCGAAGUACCUGGUGAGACCUGGAUUUUCCUUCUGCACCCACGCCUACAUGCUCACCCUGGAAGGAGCAAGGAAACUCAUCAGCACUGACAUUUUAUCCAGAAUUAUUCCAGUGGAUGAGUAUUUGCCCCUUAUGUACGGCCAGAACCCUCAUUUUGAUAUCGGAUGGUGGUGGGGUCAGCACAAGAAAAACGAAACAAGUUUGAAGGUAUUCGCUGCCAAAUGGACAUUGGCCCAACAAUAUUCAAGGCCCGAGAGGAGGGUCUACAUAGAAGGUGAGAUGGACAGAGUGUUCCCGGGCGUACCAAGGAAACGAGUGCCGGCUGUUGAUGCAUUGGACUUGUCUGCAGACAAAUUAAUCAAAAUGGGAGCUUCUGUUAUGAAAUACUACCUCAACCCACCUCAUGAUAACAGGCCUAUGAAGUGGGGAGAGGUGGGCUGUUUUCUGAGUCAUUAUCAAAUUUGGACUGAGAUGGCGGAAAAGAGUUUAGAAAUGGUUCUCAUUUUGGAAGAUGACGUCAAGUUUGUUAUAGAAUGGGAACAAUUUGACAUUGACAACUUUCAUUACGACUUGAAUGCUACCAUUGAUGAGUUCAUUCGUCACCGAGGAGAGUUGCUGUAA